AUGAGGAUGCUAGCAAUAAGAGAUUUAUCCAGGACUGUUGCUGCAAAAGCCGAUAUGGUUAUGGCGCUGAAGCUGUGCAGGAGGCUAUCAGGAUUUAUUGCUGGUGCAAAUUCUAGAUGUAAUAGGCUAAGUGAUGUUGAUAAGUUUGCUUUACUGUUCCAAAAUUGCACAGGUGUGAGGUCUCUGAAGAAGCUCCAUGCUCGUGUUCUGACACUUGGACUUGGCAGGGAUGUUAUUCUUGGCUCUGAAAUUCUGAUUUGUUAUGCUAGUUUAGGUGUUCUGUGCAAGACAAGACUUUGUUUCCAAGGCUUCUUAAAUGAUAAUCUUGCCCAGUGGAAUUCAGUCAUGGUUGACAUUUUUAGAGCUGGUUAUCCUGAGGAAGCUAUUCUUUUGUACAGAGGGUUGAAGCUGCGUCAGAUUGGCUUGGAUGAGAAAACUGUUACUUUUGGCUUGAAGAGCUGCACUGAGCUCCGAAAUUUGUUAUUGGGCAAAGGAAUGCAUGCAGACUCACUGAAGCUUGGCCUCAGUAGGGAUAAAUUCGUUGGUUCUUCUCUUGUUGGGUUAUACUCUAAGCUUGCCAGAAUGGAUGAUUCACAGAAGGCAUUUGAAGAGAUUCUCGACAAGAACAUCGUUUCUUACACCUCGAUGAUCGCUGGUUAUUCUGAAAAUAUGGAUUCUACUUCAUGGAAUGUAUUUGAAAUUGCCAGUGACAUGUCGCGGAGCAACUUGGAAGUAAACUGUGUGACUCUGGUUAGCUUACUGCAAGUUGCUGGUAAUCUGGGAGCAAUCAGAGAAGGGAAAUCGGUACAUUGCUAUUCAAUAAGGAGAGGUAUUGGUGUCUCAGAUGAAAUUCUAGGGACCAGCCUUGUUCACUUGUACAUGCAAUGUGGAGCUUACCAAUUAGCAUCUGCUGCCUUGAAGAAUUCAGUGCAAUCUGUGGCUUCCUGGAAUGCAAUGCUUGCUGGUCUUGUUCGAACCGGACAGAGUGGCAAUGCAAUCCACCAUUUUUCUGUCAUGCUACAUGAGCAUAAGGUAGUUCCAGAUUCUGUAACCUAUGCAAAUUUAAUAUCUGCUUGUGCUGAGCUAUGCAAUUCUGGCUAUGCUGCUAGUGUUCAUGCCUACCUAAUUAGAAGAUGUAUUCCUCUAGAUGUAGUUUUCGCCACAGCUCUUAUCGAGGUAUACUUGAAAUGCACUAGAAUUAUGAGAUCCAAGCAUCUCUUUGAUCAAUUGGUGGUUAAAGAUGUAGUCUCCUAUAACACCAUGAUCUAUGGUUAUCUCCAAAAUGGCAUGGCCAAUAAAGCUAUUGCGUUGCUCAAAGAAAUGGUGGCAGAAUGUGUUGCACCAAAUUUUGUGACCAUUCUUAGUCUGCUUGUAGCUAUCGCUGAUCACAAAUAUUUUGUUAGAGGGAGGUGGAUUCAUGGGCUUUCAAUUAGACAUGGUUUUUGUGCCAAUGUCGACAUUGCAAAUCAAAUUAUACGCAUGUAUUCUGGUUGUGGAAAGAUUACAUCAGCAAGGAUUGUAUUUGCUUCAUUGGAAAAGAAAAAUUUAAUUUCAUGGACCGCCAUGAUGAUGGGAUGCUUAUUCUGUGGACAUGGAGGUGAAACAGUUGAAUUAUUUCAAUUAUUAAUGCAGCAACAUGGCAAUAAGCCUGAUUCUGUCACUGUUAUGACUGCAAUUCAGGCUGUUUCCGAGCUUGGACAUUUGAAAGAUGUAAAGCAAAUUCAUUGUUUUGUCUACCGUGCCUUGUUGGAGAAAGAUACAAAGACCAUAAAUUCUUUGAUAACUGCAUAUGCCAAAUGUGGAAGGUUGGAUUUAUCAGUAGGUUUGUUCUUAAGUUUGGAACACAGAGAUCUAGAUUCAUGGAAUUCUAUGAUCAGCGCUUAUGGGAUGCAUGGAUUUUAUACUAAGGUACUUGAAAUGUUUAAGCUGAUGGAAGAAGGAAACAUUAAUCCUGAUGGGUUAACAUUUUCUUCAGUGCUUUCUGCAUGCAGUCAUGCUGGUCUAAUUAAGGAGGGUUUGCAUAUUUUUCAGUCAAUGACCUCAAUAUAUUCAGUUCUUCCACAGGAAGAGCAUUAUGGUUGCAUUGUUGAUUUAUUGAGUCGAGCAGGGCAUCUUGAAGAAGGAUACAAGCUCAUAAAGUUAUCUACCUUAAAUGACAAAUCUAGUGUACUUUGUGCUUUACUUUCUGCAUGCAGAACUUAUGGAAAUACAAUGCUUGGGCAGGUUAUUAGCAGUGAGCUCCUUGAGCUUGGACAACAGAAUCCAGGUACUUAUGCUUUGAUUUCAGAGGUAUUUGCUCAGAAAGGACAAUGGAAUAAAUCAGCUAAUAUAAGGAAUAGAGCAAAAGAAAAUGGGUCGAGAAAACUUCCUGGUUCUAGCUUGAUCGAAUCAGUGGAGCAAGCUAACAAGGUGUGUUAG